AUGGUGGAUGCUAUCAACGCACUUGACAAAGUCACGAGUGUCGUCUCCUGGACUGGGCUGAUUUUGAGAUAUGUCGCGAGUGGCCAGCAAAUGCUGGCAUUGAGAUUGUUUGCUGCUAUGCAGGCCGAAGGAGUUGCUCCAGAUUCCCGGACUUUUGUUGCUGCUUUUCGGGCUUGCACUGGCUUGGCAGCGGGUCAUGGCUAUGGCGCUCUAGAAGCCGGGAAGAAGAUCCAUCACCAAGUGUCCAUAGCUGGAUGCGAUACGAAUCCGUUUGUGGAGGUUCGCUCGUUACAACGUUGUGGCAUGGAACGCAAUGAUCUUUGGCUACGUGAACAGCCACCAGGAAGGAAAAGCACUGGAUCUCUUCUCAAACAUGGUCAAAGAGAGACGCUGUGA